AUGAGCAGCAGGAUUCCUCGACCCUUGGAUUCCCUUCUGUCUUUGUCCAUGCUAGAAGGGGAGACCCUAAAAGCCUACUCGGAUAGGUAUUGGGAGAUGUAUAAUGAGAAAGACGGCAAUUAUGAUGACGUCGCCAUCAGUACCUUCAAGAGUGGCCUGCCAACUGAGCACGGUUUAAGAAAAUCCCUAACGGGGAAACCUAUCACCAACCUACGUCAGCUUAUGAAACGAAUCGACAAGUAUAAGAGGGUGGAAGAGAACCAGCAGUUGGGUAAGGGUAAAGCGAAGGUUGUCCCUCAGGAGAAGAGGAACUUCAGGUCGGACCGAUUUAACAAUAACCACCGACUGAGGAGAGACUACACAGAGCAAUCCAGAUCUGCCAGUGCGCAGGCAGUUCAUGCUGUGUUUCGAGAUCCGAUACAUCAGGUUAUGGAGAAAAUCAAGAAUGAGCCGUUCUUCAAAUGGCCAAAUGAGAUGGCAGGAGACCCCAUGAAGUGCAACUAG